CGAGCAGUAUAUAUAUGCGCCACAGACAACUCGGGUGAAAAGAUAUCGUCGAUCUGUCAAACAAGAAGGAACGUUUGUGUUGGAGGAAAGAUAUUCACAGAAACAAGAUGGAUUUCGGCAGCAAUUUUGUGUAUCUUGGAGAAGAUGAAGAAGAAGUAAUCAACUCAAAUUCAUCUUCAGAGGAAGAGGAAACAGAAGGAGAUGCGAAGGAAUGUAUGCUGGACAUUCUGGACACAGCUGGACAGGAGGAGUAUUCCGCAAUGAGAAAUGUUUACACACGGUCAGCUCAAGGCUUCAUCAUUGUGUAUGACAUCACGAACAGGGAGUCCUUCGAUGAGGCAAAGGCCAUGUUUACUUUCCUGGAAACAUGCAAGCAGGGAGAAAAGUUUUACGCUGUCCUUUGUGGCAACAAAUCUGACCUGGAUGCCCAGCGAGUUGUUUCCACAGCAGAAGGUACCGACCUGGCCAGCCAGAUGCAUGUACCCUUCAGGGAGACGUCAGCCAAAACAGGGGACAACGUCAAGGAAGCUAUUGAUGAUCUUCUCAGGACAAUCCCUCGCCACGGAAUUGAAUAUAAGCUGGCAACACUUGGUUCGGGUGGGGUGGGCAAGUCGUCGGUCACCUUGCGUCUUGUGCAAGACUCGUUUGUUGAGAACUAUGACCCCACCAUUGAAGAUUCCUACAGGAAGAUGAUCAGUGUGACAGGCCUUCCUAAGAUGGAGGCAAGAAAAAAGAAAAAGAGGUUUUCAUCGUCUGCUCAAUCCCAGGCAUUUGGUGGACUACAACAGAGUGCUGCCUCAUUUGGUGCCAAGAAGAAAGGCGGUGUCAUGUCUAGCCUGAAGAGAGUGUUCAGUGGAAGAAGGCAGGCCCAGGCAACACCCAAUAGAGCUUCACCUCCACCUCCACCGCCAUCGAGUAGGACACCCAUGAAGACAAAGAAGAUUGAUGGUAACAUCGUGCACAUCCCCCUUGGUUCACUGGCAGAUGACCCACAGCUUGUGACGGGGGAUCCAGUUCGGUGCAGCAAGUGUGAUGCUGUCCUGUGUCAGACGUCAGUCCUCGUAGACGAUGGAGAUACACGACAGUGGACGUGUGAGUACUGCGGCAAAGAGAACAAAAUAGAAGUUACAGCAGAGGAGAUACCAAAAGAGUUGAUGUUUGACUACAUGUUGAGUCCAGCAACCGAGAAAGAAGAGGAGGAGAAGGAGGGCAAGGAGGAGGUUGUCCAGAAGGUCACGCCAGGAAUUAUUGUGUACUGCAUGGAUAUCAGCGGCUCAAUGGACUCCAAAGCAGAUGUCCCUGAACUACAAGCGGCAUGGAAGCAGGCUCGAAGUGGAGAGGAGCUGGAGGCAAAAUCUCGGCUGGAGUGCAUCAAGGAGGCCGUGAUGAGACAAGUAGAGCUGUUGAAACAAGAGCAGCCUGAAAAGCAGGUCAUGUUGGUCCUCUUUGACUCGGAAAUUGAGAUUGUAGGCGAUGGGACUGGAAGCAGCAAGACGGUCACUGGAGUUGAUAUGAAUAACUUUGAUGCCCUCAUCAAGGAGGGCCAAAAGCAAGCAAAGAAAAAGGAGAUCAAACCUCUGCGACUUUCUCACGACAAUUUGAUGGAGAAGGUGGCAGAUCUUCACACACGAGGAUGCACAGCUCUCGGUCCAGCGCUAGCAAUAUGUGCUGGGUUUGUGAGUGAUGUGCCUUCGUCAGAGAUUGUGCUAUGUACUGAUGGAGCGCCAAACUCUGGAAUUGGUUCCUCGACUGGCAAUACCCGUGACUCAUUCUAUACAAAGAUCGGCGGAUAUGCACGUUCAAAGAACAUUGUCAUCAACAUCAUGGCAGUGGAGGGAGAGGCUGUUGGGAUGCAGUACGUUAGUCCAUGUGCACUGGCUUCAGGCGGCACCAUCAACGUCCUCAACCCCAUGGAGAUUGUUAGGCAGCUGCGAGUUAUCUGGCAGAACAAGGUCGUGGCUUCAUCAGUUCAUGUCACCUUCCUGCUGCAUCCAUCGCUUGUGUUUGUUGAAGAAGGAUAUCCAAAGGACUGCAGUAGGUUGGUGAAGGAGGUGGGCAAUGCCUUGAAGGACUCGGACCUCACUUUCAACUUCAAGCUCAAAGAUCCGAACAAUAUCCCAGACGUUGAGGAACUGCCUUUCCAGGUUCAGAUCACCUACACCCGCAAGAACGGUAUGAAGUGUCUCCGUGUCAUGUGCAAGAGCCACAAGUUCACCAAGGACAGGAAGGUGAUGGAAGAGAACAUCAACGUGGCAGUUGUUGGAUUAGCCACGAUGCAGAAGACAGCUGAGAUGACAAAGAACAGAGCUCCCCUAGAAGCCAGGGCACAGUUAUUGGCAACCAAGAAUAUGCUGAAAAGAGGUGCAAAGACUGUAGAGCAACGUGAAGAGCGAUAUGCAUUCCUGAACGAAUGCGAAGAAUUUGAAGAUGACAUUUCCUGCAAUUUGCAUCAGUGGCAAUUAGGUGAAGCAACUGAUAGUUCCCACAGAAUUGCUCACCAGUCACACCAGGCCAAUGUGCACCGGUUCCACGGAGCAAAGAAGAAAGUGGCAGCUGUCCAGAAGCGCCAAGUCAGCAAUAUGGAAGCUUAUGAAGGGUAUCGGAAUUAUAAGUGUUAAAGUUCAUCAUAUGCAGUCAGAUGUCCACAUGUAUAGAGAAACAAAAACGAUGUAAUCAUUUAUUUUGUAGAACUUGUAAGUGUCAAAGCCAACUCGAUGGUAAAGAUGCUUCCAGAGUUGCCACAACUGUUGUCUGUCAGCUGUUCAGAUGUUGUUGUGUGAUGCAAUGUAUGUGUUAGGAUAUAUCUGUCUAUGUUCAGUCUACAAUAUUCACUCAUUGUAGGCUAACAGACAAGCCAUGUGCAUCACAAUUACAUGAUGCAAUGUAUGUGUUAGGAUAUAUCUGUCCUUGUUCAGUCUACAAUAUUCACUCAUUGUAAGCCAGGAGACAAGCCAUGUGCAUCACAAUUACAUGAUGCAAUGUAUGUGUUAGGAUAUAUCUGUCCUUGUUCAGUCUACAAUAUUCACUCAUUGUAAGCCAACAGACAAGCCAUGUGCAUCACAAUUACGUGAUGCAAUGUAUGUGUUAGGAUAUAUCUGUCCAUGUUCAGUCUACAAUAUUCACUCAUUGUAAGCCAACAGACAAUGUAUGUGUUAGGAUG